GACCCUGAGCAUGAGCUCACCUCAGGAGAGCUGAUUUACCUGAGAUUUACCUGAUUUAACUGAGACUGACGGAGAAACUGAGGAUAUUAACCCAAUCUGUGCUGUUUUGACGGGCGUUGUCAGUCAGAAGAGGAAAAUAUAUUUAUAAAAAGCUUCCGGCAAUAUUUCACUCCGUUUCUCUUCAACAACAGCGCUUUAUUUGGCUGUUUCCUACUACAGACAUCAUCUCCAGAAGCUCUGCCGGUCAUUUCACCCGGAUUUCAGCGUGAUUUGGUUAUGAUGUGUUGGAGAAGUGGAGAGACUGCGAGCGGAUCGGGAUUGUUAGCGCGGAUGAUGAUGAUUUCUGUGCGGGUUUUUACUCUUUUAUCGCUCAUCAUAAGCUCCGCUGCGGCUCAAAACAACCCUAGCAAAGCCACGAGGAACUACAACAGCGAUUGGGUCCACCAGUAGGAGACCACGGGUCUGGAGGAUUUGUGUGAGUGUGUGGUGGAGUGGCUGAAGAACGAGGAGAUUAUCGACCCUGCAGAUGACAGAAACUUCUACAUCACCAUCGACCACAACCUGAUCAUCAAACAGGCCCGUCUGUCAGACACCGCCAACUACACCUGCGUGGCCAAAAACAUCGUGGCCAAACGGAGGAGCACCACAGCCACCGUCAUCGUCUAUGUAAACGGUGGCUGGUCAACGUGGACUGAGUGGUCAGUGUGCAGCAGUCGAUGUGGUCGUGGCUUUCAGAAAAGGACUCGCAGCUGCACAAACCCUGCGCCGCUCAACGGAGGAGCCAUCUGUGAAGGACAGGCCAUACAGAAACUGGCCUGUAACCCGCUGUGUCCUGUGGACGGUCUGUGGACGGAGUGGAGCAAAUGGUCGACGUGUGGGACGGAGUGCACUCACUGGAGACGCAGGGAAUGCAGUGCUCCAGCCCCCAAAAACGGAGGAAAAGACUGUGAGGGAACCGUGCUGCAGUCAAAGAACUGCACUGACGGACUCUGCAUGCAGAGUUCCUUAUAUCAGAAGUCCUCCGAGCACACAGACAAGAGCAAUGCUCUGCCACAUCCAUCGGCCCCUAGCACAGAUGACGUGGCGCUGUACGUGGGCAUCGUGAUCGCCGUCAUCAUGUGUCUGGUGAUCUCGGUGAUCGUGGCGCUCUUCGUCUACAGGAAAAACCACCGAGACUUCGACUCGGACAUCAUGGACUCAUCUGCGCUCAACGGAGGAUUCCAGCCUGUCAACAUCAAGACGGCACGCACAGCAGACCUGCUGACGGCUCCCCCUGACCUGACGUCGGCCGCUGCGCUGUACCGCGGGCCGGUUUACGCUCUGCAUGACGUGGCUGAUAAAAUCCCCAUGACCAACUCCCCGCUGCUGGAGCCGCUGCCCAACCUGAAGAUCAAGGUGUACAACUCGUCAGGGCUGGUGACCCCGCAGGACGACCCCAGUGACGCCUCGCCCAAACUGCCCCGAGCUCUGCUGGACGGCGACACCAUCGGCCGGCGCACACACACACAGACACAAACACUAAUGCGCUGCUGGGACCCGUCCUGCACCGCGUUCGGCUCAUUCAAUGCACUCGGGGGACACCUGAUCGUGCCAAACUCAGGAGUGAGCUUGUUGGUGCCAGCGGGUGCCAUCCCUCAGGGUCGCGUCUAUGAGAUGUACGUGACGGUUCACAGGAAGGAGAGCAUGAGGGGCCUGUCGUCUCACAACAUCACCAACACACAGCACAAUGUCCCACACACACUCUGCAAGGGCAAACUCAUGACCAAAUACCAGGAGCUGUCGUUCCAGCAGGUGUGGAGCGGCUCUCAGCGUCACCUGCACUGCUGCUUCACUCUGGAGCGCUUCUGCAGCUCCACACUGGAACUCUCCUGCAAGCUGUGUGUGCGGCAGGUGGAGGGAGAGGGGCAGAUCUUCCAGCUCAACACCACCCUGACGGAGGACUCUCAGUGCAUCGACACGUCUCUCCUGGAUCCGGCCAGUAACAUCACCACUCUGGUGGGUCCGAACGCAUUCCGCAUCCCGCUGUCCAUCCGGCAGAAGCUGUGCGGGAGUCUGGACGCUCCACAGACCCGCGGCAAUGACUGGAGGAUGCUGGCUCACAAACUCAACCUGGACAGGUAUCUCAACUACUUCGCCACCAAGUCGAGUCCGACCGGAGUGAUCCUGGACCUGUGGGAGGCGCAGCACUUCCCCGACGGGAACCUGAACCGGCUGGCGGCCGUGCUGGAGGAAAUGGGACGACACGAGGGCAUCAUAGCAGAACACUGACCCGCCGGACCCCCGCAGCCAGAUCACUGUGAGCACGCAGACCUGCUCCGGAAGACAACAGGAAGAGGACGGGAAGAGGAAGAGUAUGAGCGAGAAAGAGAAAUAAAACUAGAAGAGGAAAAGAAUAGGAAAAGGAAUAAAACAGGAAGAGGAAGAGAAUGCGAAAGGGAAGAGGAAGAGACCAGGAAGAGGAUGAAAAAAAGGUAAAGAACAGGAAGAGGAAAAGGAAUGAAACA